CUGCCACACUUGUUCCAUUUUAACAACCACAUCCAUCUUCCAUCACUCGCACACCACCACACCACUCGCAUCUCUGGCAAGUGACACGACUCGCGCGCGCACUCGACACAGCGACUUGACACUUCCUGCGCGUGCACGACAAAACGCAGCCUCAGAGGCGGUGGUCACGCGCCUGACCACCCUCCACCCCCCUCCUCCACCAGCAGCAGCAGCAUGUCCGCGCCAACGCCAACCGCAGCGGCGGCAGCUGCCAACCGCCCGGCCGGCCGGCCGCGCAAGGCAUCAACUGCGACCGCGCCAGGCGGCACGCCGACAGCAGAAAGCUCGACUCCCGGUGCAUCUACCUCUGCGCCUCAUCCCCCACCGACGGCCGCGCCGACUGCCGCGACCGGCAUCACAACCACCACGGGCCCGACGACGCUCGCGGAGUGCGAGGCGCUCGCGGCCCAGCUCACCGACACGAACACGCCGAUGCGCCGCCGCAUGGAGAUUGCGAGCGAGCUGCGCGACUCGGCAGAGAGUAAUCGCGACUACUCGUUCUUUGACAAGUACCUCGGCGUGUUCAUCCCGGCGCUUGUGACGAUUCUCGGCGAGGAGAAGAACAUUGUGUUUGUCAAGGACAACUCGGAGCAGCGUUUCCGCCACACACUGCUGGCAUAUCUUCAGCGCCUGCCCCACUCGGAGCCCUUCCGACAGUACGAGACCAAGGUCAUGGAGCUCAUGGUCAAGCUGUUGAAAGUCGAGAACGAGGACAACGCGCUGCUUUGUAUCAAGAUUAUGAUCGACGGCUUCAGGAGCCACAAGGACCAGGCCGAGCCAUUUGUUGAGCCUUUCCUCGAGCUCGUCAAGCAGAUGUACGCCAACCUCAAGGGCGUUGUCGAGAAGGAGUUUGGAAAGCCGCCCGGGGCCGCCGCCACUCCAGCCGCUGAUGGCGCCGCGACACCUGCCCAGCCGACACCGCAGCCGUCGUCGUCAAACCACACGCAUCUCUCGCACGCGCUCCACUCGCCCAAGGUGCUGACAGAAUGCCCCAUCGCCGUCGUCCUCAUCUUCCAGACGUACAAGUCGGUCAUGGGGCCCGCCAUGCUCGACUUUUACCCGCUCGUCAUGGAGAGCAUCAAGAUCCAGCCAGAGCCUCAGCGUGUUGCCCACCAGGAGGCCAAGGAGCGCGGGGACAUCUUUGUCGGCGUCGCCAGCGGCAUCACCAACCGCGAGAUGUACACCGAGCUCAUCAAGACCCAGGUCAAGACCAUGGCAUUCUUGGCGUAUGUGCUUCGUGGCUCCCAGGCGAAUGUCAAGGACUACCUCGAGGUUUUCCCCGAGGCCUGCAUCCGCCUUCUGCGCGACUGCCCGCCAGAGGAUGUCAGCACGCGCAAGGAGCUGCUUGUCGCCACCCGCCAUAUCCUCACUGCGGACUCGCGUUCGUCGUUCAUCCCCUACAUUGACACGCUGCUCGAGGAGCGCGUGCUGGUUGGCACGGGUGUGUCUAGUCGCGAGGCGCUCCGCCCGCUCGCAUCGUCGGUCGUCGCCGACCUCAUCCACCACGUCCGCAACGAGCUCCCCAUCGCACAGCUCAGCCGUGUCGUCUACGUCUUCUCGUGCAACCUCAACGACUCGACCUUUUCCAGCUCCAUCCAGACCAUGUGUGCCAAGCUCCUCAACACAAUAGUCGACUCGAUCGCCAGCAAGGGUGAUGCUGAGCAGUCGGCCCGCUUGAUGAAGAGCAUGUUCAUCACAUCGCUCGAGAAGCUCCAGGCCAUGACAGAAGCCUAUGACAAGCUCAAGGCACUGUCUGACCGCGACAAGGGCAAGGGCAAGGCCAAGGACGAGACCACCUCGGCACCAGCCUCGACCUCGGGACAGGAUGUCACCAUGGCCGACGAGACCAAGGACGCCAACGCCGAGCGUCUCGCCCAUGGCUGGCGCGAGAUUGAGCAGGCCAUGCCCGUCAACCAGGUGGCUUACGCAAACGAGUCGCUCGAGACUUUCUGCCGUGAAGCUCGCUACCUGUUCAAGACAUUGCUGCAUACGUUCCGCACAUUGCUCACCUACACCAGGCAGGGCGACAACCCUGUCCCCCCGCCAGACGGAGAACUCCUCGCCAAGUUCUUUGAGCACAGUCUGCGGUGCAUUGCCAUCUUUGACAACAACCGCGAUCCCCGCGAGCCAAAGGAGGCAAUCGAGCUCCUCUCGCAGAUCCUUUUGCUCUUGGAUCAGCACUCGUUCCGCGAGGUGUGGACCACACACAUGGACUUCUUUGUCGAGAAUGCCCUGCAAAACCCCCACGUCUUCUCGGUGCUCCAGAUCCUCAUUACCCACGAGUCGGUCUCGCACCAGCUGGUCGCAAUCACCCUCAAGCACCUCAUGAACCACCUCGACGUUGUCGGAAGCUACUCGCCAAAGCACGCAUCCCUCACCCUGCGUCUGUUCAAGAUCUCGUUCCUCGCGAUCAACACGUACAUUUCGACGAACGAGAUUGUCCUCGUCCCGCACCUGCAAAAGCUCAUCAUGCGGUCGUUUGCCCUCGCGCCGAAGGCCCAGGACCCCACCGUCUACUACCAGAUUCUCAGAGCUCUGUUCCGUUCGAUUGGUGGUGGCCGCUUCGAUGCCCUCUACAAGGAGGUGCUUCCAAUCCUGCAGGAGAUGCUCGACAACCUGUCCUACCUCCUCCAGCACGCGACGGAUCCUGUCCAGCGCGACCUCUUUGUUGAGCUCACCCUCACGGUGCCGGUUCGCUUGACCAACCUGCUCCCCCACCUGAGCUACCUCAUGAAGCCCUUGGUGCACGCGCUUCAGGCCGGCCCGGAGCUCAUCAGCCAGGGUCUGCGUACUCUCGAGCUCUGUAUCGACAACCUGACGGCGGACUUCCUCGACCCCACGAUGACGCCUGUCUUCCGCGAGCUUAUGGGUGCACUGCACAAGCUGCUCAGGCCAGUUCCUGCCAACCGCCAGCACUCGCAUGCGGCGGUCAAGAUUCUUGGCAAGCUUGGAGGCCGUAACCGUCGCUUCAACGACGUUGAAAACUUACUGGAGUACAAGCCGACUCCAGGCGGCAUUACCGCGCCGAUCUCGUUUGAGGGCAAGCGCUCGCGCUUCGAGCUCGACCCUCUGGUCGCGGCUGCUGACGAGGCCAUCCAGCAGAAGCUUGAUGUGUGCCAGGACGACGGCCUCGAGGUCCUCAUGUUCUCGGCCCUGGAGGUGCUCCAUGAGGAGCGCAAGGACACGGAGGCGACCCCAGUGUUUCAGGCGACGAUGGCGGCUCUGUUCCGCGCGACGCAGGGUUCGCCAGCUACAGCGGAGAAGGCCCUCGAGUUUGUCCGCUCGUUCUGCAAGCGCGUCUUCCUCAUGGAAUUAAAGCGCACCGACGAGGUGCAGGACAAGUCGCUGCCCGACCUCACCAACAGGCACCGGCCAUUCCCUCUUACGCUGGCCCUCACCGACGCCAUUGUCAACACUCACGCCGAGUCGACCGGCAAGGAGCGUGACCAGAUUGCCGAUGUCCUCGGCAAGAUCAUCUCCGACUUCAAGACUCUGGCGCAGAGCCCAGAGUUCACUGGCAACAAAGAGACCUCGCGAAACAUUGACCGCUUUGUCCUGUCGUUUGUCCGCCGCUUCACUGGCUUAUGCCAGGAUGAGGACUGGAACCGCAAGAUGGCUGGCGUGACUGCCAUGAACGUCUUUGUUCGCGAGGCUGAGCUCAACAGGAAGUACAUUAUCGAGCUCGAGCUCGAGUUUGUUCGUGUCCUCAUGUUCGCUCUCCGUGACGCUCCUCGCGACCCGCCCACGUCGGUCAAGCAGAUCACCGACCUCAUCGAGCACCUCAUCCGCACAUGCCAGUCGCAGGAGGACGGGCGUGGCCACAGGUUAAGCCGCCUGACUGAGAUUCUCGUCCGCGAGCUCAACAGCCAGAGCAAGCUCGCGCGCGAGGCCGCCCAGUCGUCCAUCAAGCUCCUUGCCGAGGUCAUCGACCAGCCCAUCUCCACUGUCAUUGGCCCGACCACAAGACAGGUGCUCCUCGAUGCUGGAGCCGGACCCAUCUUCUCCAAGCCCCUCCGCGCGCUCUCCUCCUUUGCCAUGCAGGUUGGCAACAUUGACUGUGUGACCUACCUCCUUGACCUGCGCCCAUCCGUGCCCGAAAUCAACGACGAGUUUGUCCGCUUGGUCCAGGAAGUGCUCGCCCUCGCCGACGUCGACGACGCGAGCCUCAUCCCCAACAAGAGAGGCGAUGCGCCGUCGCACAAGCAAAACUUUUGGCUCAAGGCACUGCGCAUUGCAUGCUUGCGCAUGCUGCGCUCGACUAUGAACUGCCAGGAGUUUUAUGAGCGCCCCAACCUUGCGCCGAUUCGCCAGCGCAUCAUCACCGUCUACUUCAAGCACGUCUACUCCCCGUCGCCCGAGAUUGUGGAUGUUGCUCACGAGGGCCUGCGCGACGUCAUCCAGCAGCAGAACAAGCUGCCCAAGGAGGUGCUUCAGUCUGGUCUCCGCCCUAUCCUUGUCAACCUGGCCGACGCCAAGCGUCUCAGUGUCCCCGGCCUCGAAGGGCUUGCUCGCUUCCUCGAGCUCUUGACCAACUACUUCAAGGUCGAGAUUGGUGUCAAGCUGCUUGACCACUUUGACACGCUUGCGGACGGGCAGAUGCUCCAGAAGGCUGCCGCUGGACCCCUGGAGGACAACCCAGACAUUUCGCGCAUGACUCGCCUGGUCAACAUCUUUAGACUCCUGCCCGCCACGGCAGUUCAGUACCUCAAGCAGCUUACGACUCAGGUUGUCGAGGUUGAGUCUCAGCUCCACCAGUCGGCCCCUGGUCCCUUUACCGAGAACAUUGCCAAGUACCUCGACCGCUACCACUCGGAGGGUGCUCAGAACCUGCUUGACAACAUCAAGAACCCGCGUGUGGUGUGGACCUACCGCAACAUCAUCUCAUCGGGCAAGGCACCUCAGCUCGUCAACGAGCUUUCCGAGCGCGCGGAGGCCAUCUGCAACCUGGCCUUUGCCAACACCGACCAGUUUGACCUCGUCCUCCCGGGUCUGCAACUGAUUCGCGAGCUGUCGCGCACCUCCCCCGGCUGGCUGUCGGAGCGCGAGCCUGUGCUCGAGGCCGUCGUUGGCGUAUGGCGCUCCAUCGUCCUCCGCUCUCGUGACCCCAAGAGCGACAUGUCCAACGUCAACUACCAGACGAUCCCGGUGCUUAUCCUCGAGAUGUUCAUGAGCACCUUGGAGCACCAGCAGCACAUUGCCCUCCUCUUCCACGUCGUCGAGGCCUACGAGAUCCGCAGCUCGUUUGACAGGUCAUACGUUGCCUUCUUCCUGUACCAGAGAGUCGCUCUGCAGGAGUCGGUCGAGUACCGCCGCGAGGUCAUCGAGUACUUCAUGAACCUCUACGAGGAGGAGACUGUCGUCACCUGGGCAUUCAAGACCAACGCCUUGCGCCUGGUUGUCAACCCCACACUCCGUGUCUACUUUGCCGACCCGAACAACGACGGCUCGUUGAUCACCGCGCCUUUGGUGGUCAAGAUGGCCGAGAAGAUGUGGAGACCGCUCUCGACGACCCCGGUCGCCAAGACGCGCGAAGACACGCUCCUCAUCGAAAUCUUUGCCUUGACCACGCUCAUGGUCAAGCAUGCUGGCCCCAAGGUCAGCGAGAUGCGCAAGGAGGUGUUCAAGCUCGCCUGGAUGGGUAUCAACCUUCUCGAACCCACUGUCAAGCUCAUGGCCUAUGUCCUCACUGCCAAUUUUAUGGAGACAUACGAGACGCCCGUCAAGUUUGUCCGUCUUACCUGGACUGGUCUUUUGCGCCUCAAGGAGAACGAGUCAAAGGCUCUGUUCCGCCAGGCCAUCGACACGCUGGCUGGAUGCCUCUCUCUCCGCGACCCGCCGACCAAUGGCGGCAUCCCGGACUGGGCCCAAAAGGUCAAGACUGUGCUAGUCGAGGAAGGCCACGCAACGAGCACGCUUGUUGUCGUCUGCGAGCUGCUUGUCAACCACCCCGACCUCUUCUACGACUACCGCGAGCUCUACGUGCCCCACAUCGCCAUGUCGCUGCAGAAGCUCGGCUUUGUCCAGGCCGCUACGGCUGAGAUGAAGAAGCUCACUGUGGACGUCAUUGAGCUCAUCUUCAGAUGGGAGCGCAAGCGCAUGGCUCUGCGUGACGAAGCCGGCCGCGACGACUCGGCCGAUGCCAUGGACGUCGACGAGAAGGACGGAGCGGCCCCCUCGCCCGCCAAGCGCCAACGUAUCGACCGCGCUGGAACAGCCGUCUCUACGACCAGUGGUGGUGGCUGGGUCACCCCUGCUUCAACCCGAGAGCUCAUCACCGCCCACUUACUCCGCAUCGUUGCUACGUCGUCUGAGCCUGUGACACGCGGAGGCUUAAGCAAACGCGCUCUCGACCUCUUCAAGGAGAUCCUUGGCCCCAAGGGCUUACCCAACGUCUCUGUCAAGCUCGGCUUCUUCAACCGCACCAUGUCGCAGGACAUUUCCGAGCAAACGAUUGGCACUGUGGCCAACUCGACAGAGGUCAUUGCGGCUGUCGCCGAAGUCCGCGACCAGGCUUGGAUCCGCGGCAAACUCGAGGUGUUCCGCAAGCUCCUCGAAAAGGUUUGGGUGUUCGAUGACACUUCGUUGCACGAGGUUGUUCGUCCUCUCACCGAGCGCAUGUUUGCCGAGCUCCCGGAGGAGGAGAUUGCCGACAGCGACGAUGACGGCCAGAAGCUGCUCAAGUUUGUGUCCACUACCGUCAACAACGGCCUCACGGCCAGCUUGCGCUCGACCACCGAGCUUCCCGGCACCAUCUUCCUCCUCAAGUGCUGGCUCAAGGUUCAGCCGACGCAGCUCCACAACGAGACGCUGGCCUCUGGCCUGCUGCGUGUCCUGAGCAACCUGGUCAAGGUGCACACUAGCGCUAACGGCCCCGACCCGUCGUACCGCCUCAUCAUCUCGAUUCUCGACAUGCUCCGUGACCGUGUCGCGGACCUCAAGGAGCACCGCCGAUACCUCGUCAACAUCCUCGGUGCCUUGAUCGACAAGUCGACCAACCUCACCCUCUGCCGCUACCUCCUCGAGUUGGUUCGUCAGUGGGUGGUCAAGGAGGUUGACGGCCCAAUCGUCAUCAAGGACAAGGCCCUCUUGCUUCUGCGCAUGAUGGUGUUUGAGGGACGUGACAAUGCCCUCUUCAAGGAGUACCUCGAUCUCAUCUACGAAGUGUACGAGCUCGAAUCGCUCAGCGGUACCGACAUUACGCACCGUCUCGAACCCGCCUUCCUCCUUGGAACGCGUUCCAAGGACCCCGCUCAGCGUGCCAAGUUCCUCGACAAGCUCGAGGCGACUCUUCCUCGCGCCCUCGACGCUCGUCUCGAGUACCUGUACUCGCUCCAGAACUGGGAGACGCUCGCAGACAGCUACUGGAUCCCGCAGAUGCUCAGCCUGCUUUUGGGCGCGGCUGACCUCCGCGGUGACGUGUUCCGAGCCGCUCUCGCGGUCAUUGGGGAGGAGGACCCUCUUGCUACGCAGAACUGGCGCCUGGGCGACCUCAUCCAAUAUGUUCGCAACCUUGUGCACGUCGAUCCUACCCUGGCCCACCGCCUCUGGGUUGUCAUCUUCCCCAAGCUCUGGGGCUCUUUCACCCGCACUCAGCAGACCUCCUUCACGCCCUACAUCUCCAAGCUGCUCUGCAAGGAGUUCCACCACAAGCAGGUCGAGCUCAAGCCCAACGUCAUUCAGACCCAGCUCGAGGGCAUUGCGUACUGCAAGCCGCCCGUCACCGUCCCCCCUCUCCUCAUCAAGUACCUCGCCAAGACCUACAACGCUUGGUAUGCUGGCUUUGAGAUCCUCAACACGCUGUCGGACACCUACCGCGGUACAGAGAACCUCCGCGAGAGCUGUGCAGGUGCCCUUGGCGAGCUGUACGCCGAGCUUGGCGAAGAGGACAUGUUCUACGGCAGCGCUCGUUGCCGCUACGUCUACCCCGAGACCACGGCCGCCCUCACCCUCGAGCAGAACGGCAAGUGGCCCCAGGCCAUGGAGAUGUACGAGCAGACCAUGGUCAAGGCUCGCCACGCCACACUCCCCUUCACCGAGGACGAGUUCUGCUUGUGGGAGGACCACUGGAUUCUGGCCGCUCAAAAGCUCCAGAACUGGGAGUCGCUCACUGAGCUUGCCCGAGCCGAUCAGAACCCUGAUCUUCUGCUCGAGUGCGCCUGGCGCCUGUCCGACUGGGGAUCGCCUGACCGCGAGAUGAUCGAGACCAACCUUAAGCUUGUGGCAGGUGUUCCGACUCCUCGUCGCAAGAUAUUUGAGGCGUUCACGGCCCUCAUCAAGGCCCAUGGUUCGCGCGAGCCGCCAAACGACUUCCUCCGCAUCGUUGACGACGCACAGCAGGUGGCCAUUCGCAAGUGGACUACGCUGCCGACGUCGAUCACUGGCGCGCACCUCCCUCUCCUGCAGCUCUUCCAGCAGGUUGUCGAGCUGGGCGAGGCCGCCCAGGUCUUUGACAGCUUGCAGAUGACCACUGCGCAGACUCUUGAAGCCCGCGUCAACAACGAGCUCAAGGGCAUCUUCCAGACCUGGCGUGACCGCUUGCCCAACUUCUGGGACGACAUUAGCGUCUGGUCCGAUCUGCUCGCGUGGCGCCAGCACGUCUUCCAGGCCGUCACCAGAGUGUACAUGCCUAUGAUCCAGCCCACCGAGACUGCCACCCACGGCUACCGAGGUUACCACGAGACGGCCUGGAUGAUCAACCGCUUCGGUGAGGUCGCCCGUCGCCACGGUCUCCUCGACGUGUGCAGCACCGCCCUCAACAAGAUCUACAUGUUACCCAACAUUGAGAUCUCGGAGGCCUUCCUCAAGCUCCGUGAGCAGGCGCUCUGCUACUUCCAGAAGCCUGAAAAGUUCAACGAGGGUCUCGACAACAUCAGCACGACCAACCUCAUGUACUUUGCCCAGCCGCAAAAAGCCGAAUUCCUCACGCUCAAGGGCAUGUUCAUCUCGCGCCUUGGCCAGGACUCGGACGCCAACGACGAGUUUGCCCACGCCGUCCAGAUGGACUACAACUUACCCAAGGCGUGGGCCGAGUGGGGCAAGUUCAACGAGAAGAUGUACCGCCAGCAGCCCGAGGCGCCACCUCCUGGUAGCAAGCCCGACCCCGGACCGGGCGAGAAGAGAAUGACAGACGCCGAGUGGGCCGAGUCCUGGGCCCAGGACCGUGCUCUCCGCGCGUCCAGCGCCGUCUCGUGCUACCUCCAGGCUGCGGGCUUAUACGCCAACCACAAGUCCCGCGCCCUUCUCCUCCGUGUCCUGUGGCUCCUGGGUCUCGAUGACAACAGAAACACCAUUGCCAAGGCGUUCGAGGCGUACAAGGGCGACCUGGUCAUCUGGUACUGGAUCACCCUUAUCCCCCAGCUCCUCCUCUCACUCUCGCACCGUGAGGCGCAGAUUGCUCGCCACAUCCUCAUGCACAUCGCCAAGGCCUUCCCCCAGGCUCUGUUCUACAGCCUUCGGGUUACCAAGGAGGACUUUAGCAACGUCAAGAAGAGCCAGGUCGCCGCUCAGCUCAAGAUUGCUCAAGCUCGUAAGCUCGCCGAGGCCAAGGCUGCCGCCGAGAAGGCAGGUGCCUCUGGCUCUACGCCGGCUGCGACCGAGGGUACCACCCCUGGCGCCGCCGAAACCAAACCCGAGGCCAAGGAAGGUGUCAAGGACGAGGCAGCGGCCGCGUCGACCCCCGCGGGUGCUGCGGCUCCGACAACCCCCGCGUCGGGUGGCGCCUCGACCCCCGCAGCGGCGUCUGCUGCUACUGCUGCUCCUGCCGCAGCCGCUGGCACCCUCGGUGCUGCCGCCAACGGCAGCAUGGCUCCUCCCCAAGGCCCUAUUGCCCCCAACCGCCCUCCCCAGCCCCGCCAGCCUUGGGAGUUUGUCGACGAAAUCAUCAACCACCUCAAGACUGGCGUCCCUCUCCUGGCCCUGUCGAUGGAGAAGAUGGUCGACCAGAUCGGCUACCGCGCCAAGCCGACGUCCGAGGAGGAUAUUUACCGCUUCUUCUCGGCGUUACUCAACGACGCCAUGCAGCAGUGGAGCACUCGCGGUGCAUUCUUAAGCGAGGAGCAGGAGCUCGGUCCCAACACCAGAGACAACCUCCGCCGCUUCUCGCUCAACCUCCACAGCGACCUCCGUGCGGCCGUCGAGCGCGACUUUAUCAACAACCAGCCCAAGAUGCGCGAGUACAUCAAGCGUCUUCAGUUCUGGCGCGAUUUCUACGAGAAGGCGAUUGACUCGCGUCCUCGUCACCAGCCGCUCGACUCGUCGGGCAUCAACCUCACCGACUUCCACUACACCAAGUUUGAGGAUGUCGAGGUUCCUGGUCAAUAUGUCCAGCACAUUGACCAGGCCGACGAGCUCAUCCGCAUCGCUCGCUUCCACCCCCGCGCCGAGCUGUGCCGCGGCUUUGGCUUCUGCUUCAGGCGCAUCACGAUGAUCGGCCACAACGGCACUCCUUACACGUUCAACGUUCAGAUGCCGGCCGCCCGCCACUGUCGUCGCGAGGAGCGUCUUGUCCAGCUGUUCCGCAUCAUGAACAGCGUCCUCAAGAGGCGCAAAGAGUCUCGCCGCCGCAACCUCCAGUUCCACCUCCCUACUGCCGUUGCUCUCGGCACGCAGCUCCGCCUGAUCCAGAACGACUCGUCGUACAUCAGCUUGCAGGAGAUCUACGACGAUUAUGCGUUUGCGCACGGCAUGACGCACGAGGACACUAUCCUCGCCUUCUGCGACCGCCAGCGCGAGCUCCACGACCCGUCAAUCCCCCGCACCGACCCUCGCUGGGUGCAGCUCAAGAUGGAGAUUAUCGAAGAGAUCCAGGCCAAGAUGCUCCCCGAGAACGUGCUCACGAACUACAUGAUCAAGAGCAUGGCCGACUCGGAGAGCCUCUGGCUCAUGCGCAAGCAGUUUGCCAUGCAGACUGCAGCGUGUGCCUUCCUCACCUACGUCUGCUGCCUCAACAACCGUGCCCCUUCGCGCUUCCACAUCAGCCGCAGGACGGGCCAAAUGUACAUGACGGAGAUGCUGCCUUCUUUCACUCAGGGGCAGCCUUUGUUCCACUCGCCCGAGGCAGUGCCGUUCCGUCUCACCCCCAACAUGCAGCACUUCAUCACUCGCGUCGGCGUCGAAGGCGUUGUCAGCGCUUCGGCCACGGCCAUUGCGCACUCGCUCACGCUGCCCGAGUUUGAUCUCGCUAGCACGCUCCACCUGUUCAUCCGCGACGAGAUCCUCACUUGGCAGAACACAUACAACAAGGGCGGUGACCAGCGCAGCGAUGUGCCCCUCACCGCCAACGUGUACAAGAAUGUCGAUCAGUUCAUCAAGCGCGCCGAGCUCAUGGGCCACAUUGGUGAAGUCAAGGAGAAGGUUCCCGGUGGUCCAGUCAUCAACCACGCAAUGGUCACGCUCAUCUCGCAAGCGACGGCGCCGGCUCUGCUGGCUGCCAUGAGCGAGACGUUCAUGGCUUGGUUCUAGAGAACGGGCCCCACCUAUCAUUAAUGUAGUUUUCCUCAUCAGUUGUAACGUUAGAAAAAAUGCAUCGUU